AGGGCCAUGCUUCAAUACCCAAGUCUAUAGUUAAGAAAUGGAGUGGUGUAUUUCAGGUGUUUCAGAUGUAUAUUAUGACGAACUUUAUAGUGGUAGACAACUAAACCAUAAAAAAAACCCACUCCAUAUCGCUGGAUACUGACUUUUUCACACAGGACGGAGGUCAAUCACGUUAUGAAUCCUACUUUUCCUCUUGAUGCAUUUGUGUUCAAGACUAUACCGGAAUCGCUCACGGCCAAGAAGAUCGAAAACUCAGAGCUAUUUGACAUGAUUGGUGAGGUAGUUGGAAAGCAUGAUCCCAGAGAGUUGGUCACCAACAAAGGGAAGGAGAGCAAACGGUUGGUUGUGGUGUUGCAAGAUCUGGAAAAAAAUAUGAUUAACUCCACUUUAUUUGGUGAAAUGGUCGAUGAGAUACUACCACAUUUGGAAGAUGGAAGGCUGGAGUCACUUAUUGUAGUUAUACAAUACUUUAAGGCAAUUAGGUGGAAUGGAAAAACUUCGGUCCAGAGUCAUUUUGAGAUCUCCAAACUCCACAUCAAUGCAGAGUUGAAGGAGGUUGUUGGAUUUAGAAACAUAUUGCUAAAGGAGGCACCAUCCAAUGCUUCAAGAAUAAGUCAAAUGUCAUCCCAGAGUGGCUGGUCUGGUGUGGAAGAGAUUACUAAUGGGUCUGCAUUAGUUAAAACCAUUGAAGAGGCCCUGAGUUCCAAAGAGGAGGGUCCUAUUUGGGUUGCUGGAACUAUUGUGGCCAUAAAUUGCAGAAAUAAUGAUUGGUAUUACAAGGCCUGCAGAAGAUGUCCUAAGAAAGUUGAAACACUAGUUGGUAAUAGAUACGAAUGUGACAAAUGCGGCCACACGCAUGGAAUUGCAUCUAUAAGGUUGUCGUAA